GUAAGGAGUGAGAAACACCCCCGUUUAGAGUAGGUCAGUCUGGUGACCCUGAGAGGUCAAGCUUUGCACACGUCACGACAUAAGCAAUAUACAGACCCGAGUUCUUCCAACUUCUGAGUCCAGUCUCUUCAAUUCGUAUGAGUGUUUACUCCCAGUAAGUCAUCACUUACAUUGGUGGCAGCAGUGUCCGAACCUUCGACCGUCGAUAACGCAUGUCGUUCUUCAUCGGCGCCGGCACAAGCGCUCAACACAACUACGCUGAUGUUCGCCCCCCUCCCACCAGACAGGCGCACGUGAGUCCCUUCGCACGCUUCCUGCCGCCUGUCCGCCACUCCCUGACCAGGUAGGACACUGUCUCAUUCCCAAUCACCGACAUCGUGACCUGCCUUCACCAUGUCUUACGUUCUUGAGGUGGACUCGGAAGUUUCUUUCCCCAACUACUCCCACAGCUCGGCUUCCGUCACACAUGGAGGUCUCUCACCGCAGUUUCCUGGUCCUACUACCUCUGUUCCUGCUGUUAUGGCUCAAGAACAGCUACCACCACCACCAGGUACAUCUGUGCCCCAGGCCACGUACCAGCUACCACCACCACCAGGUACAUCUGUGCCCCAGGCCACGUCCCAGCUACCACCACCACCAGGUACAUCUGUGCCCCGGGCCACGUUCCAGCUACCACCACAAGGUACGUCUGUGCCCCAGACCUCCACCUCCGCAACGUCUACACAAUAUUCCCACCACACAUGUCGUGCGCCUGCCGUCCAGGCACAGCCACCACCAGGCACGUCGUUGCCCCUGACAACUACCUCCACGACUUCUGCGCAGUAUCUCCAAUACCCAUAUCGUGCGCCUGGUGCUACUCCCCACCCUCGACAGCCGUCCCCGGCCACUCUAACCUCUACAUCGACACAGUAUCUACAGUAUCCCAACUACCACUAUAGUGCACCGGCAGUGCCUGUUCCAGCGGCUACACCCCACCUCAAAACACACUUACCUGACCGCUUCCUUGGCAACGCCACUGAAGACUUCUCUGUCUGGCUGGGUAAAUUUGAGGUCUACGCCGACGCACACCAGUAUACCCCUGAUGUCCGAGUUCGUAUCCUCCCCACGUUUCUCGAUGGACCUGCACUAAAUUAUAUCCAGGGCCUCGACCAGGACGUGCGCCGUGAUUACCCCAAACUCCUUGCGGCCCUGUCACAAGCUUUCAGCCAGGACAGGUAUAUCUUCACAUUCCGACAAGCCUUAGCUCAGCGUCGGCGCCAACCAGGUGAGUCCUUCCUGGUGUUCGCUACAGAGCUCACAAGCCUGGUCAAGCGUGCUUACCCGACAUACAACGAGCCGGCCAUCCUGGGCCAGACCCUCCAGCUUUUCAUCCAGGGAGUUGACCCUGCCACCCGACUCCGGGUGAUGGAGAGCGGCGCUCUCACCAUCAACAAGGCUGUUGAGAUCGCCACCCGGCAUGAACAGGCAGUGGCUGUCAACGCCCAGCAGGACACUUGUGAGAAUACCGUGAACUCUGUCCAGCGGGACGAUUUACAAAUGGCAGUGGCUGGCCUGACCGAACAGGUCCACAUUCUCACUACCCUCCUCCAACGCCAGCAGCUGUCUCAGACAUCCAGCUCCCGGGGCCGCUCCGUCUCACCUUUCCGGCCGCCAUCCAGCGACCGUUCUCGCUCGCCAUACCGCUCCCCGGCUAACAGCCGUCCACGUUCCCCCUUCCGGUCGUCGGACAACAACCGGCCCACCUCUCCGUACCGAGCCGCGGACCAUCGCUCCCGCUCACCGUACCGUUCCUCCACUAACGAUCGUCCACACUCACCUUACACCGAACCAGCCAACAUCCGUGGCCGAUCCCCAUCUCGUUCGUCGGGAAGUGACCGCCCCAGCUCCCCAUCCCGUCAAUACACUGACUCUCGUUCCCGUUCGCCAUACCGCCAGUCGCCUUCUGACCACAUCCGCUCACGCUCCUCUCCCAGAACCGUCCGAUUUGCCGAGCAGGGAAACGACCUCCCUCUGAUGCCGCGGGCCGGGCAUCAGUAGACCAUACGCAGGCCCCCACCCAGCCACCCUCCAGCAGU